GUCGAAGUAAAAUAGUUUUCGUUUGUAGGAAUUUGAACUUACCUGUUGGACCCAAAUGUACAUUCUCUGAAACAACCACCGAUUAUUACUUCACUUUUAUUUUAUUAUAAAUCGGUCUGUACAUGUUGUUGUGGUAGGCAUCGAUUGAGUGUCCUCGUGCAGACGGUGUGCAGUUCUGUAGCUUAUGAGCGAUAGGGAUAUCACUAGUGAGGACGACCGGAUCUUGCGAUCGGCUAGACGCCCGAUAGCCCACUUGGCCUUAGGACCAAAGGGUGACAAAUUUAUGUUCCGCCAGCUUAGGGAGAGGCAGCAGCAGCAGAGGAGAGUUAGGGCAGUAGAGGCCAAUAGGGCGUUCGUAAGCAAAGCCGCAGCUUCAGCAGCCAUGGCCACGUCUGCGCAACAGAGUUCCCGGGCUAGCAGUUCAGGAUCUGUAGGGUCAACGGUCGCGCAGACCCAGAGUCAGUCAAGUGGCUUAAUGGCAAGCCAUCCGUUAGUGAUGACUCCCGAGGAGGUCGCCAUACAGCGAGCUGGUCAUCGCGAGGCACAACUACAACAGGCUUUAGGAGAGAUUAAGGCUGAAAAAGAAAGAAUGAUUAGAAGAAGAGCCAGGUUGCAGCGACGACAAGCGGACAUUAGCAAGUUAGAGGAGAUGGACCCAGCGGAGUUGGAUGAUGAAGUGAGGACCCUGAGGUGUGAGGUUGCUUUCAGACAGCUGAAGCAUGCGUUGACACACCAUGAGGUCUUGAAACUUCCCGAUCCUGACAAACCUUUCGUAGUAACUACGAAUGCUAGCCAAUAUGGCAUAGGCGCCGUACUUGCGCAGCAGGAGGGGAAGAAGUUGAGGCCAGUAGAGUACAUGUCCAAAAAGAUGCCCUCUCAAAAGUUGGCUAAGUCCACCUAUGAGAAGGAGCUCUGUGCGAUCUACAUGGCGCUCACCCAUUGGAGGCAUUAUCUCCUUGGGAGGUUCUUCUACGUCAGGACUGAUCACCAGACCCUGAAGUGGAUGAGAACCCAGCCUGUGCUCUCCGACGCUUUGAAGCGUUGGAUUGAAGUCAUAGAGCAGUAUGACUUCGAGCCCCAGUACAUCAAGGGCGAGUACAACAAGGUUGCUGACGCGUUGUCGUGUAGACCAGAUUUCUCCGGUGCGCUGAUCACUAAGUUUGGGUUUGCGGACGAUGUUACUCACUCUAUGGUGGAAGCCAACCGCGAGGAUCAGUUCAUGCCCGAGAUCAUUCGCAGACUCGAGGCGAAGGACAAAAUAACUUCUGCCGAGUUUGAGUUGGUCAACGGUCUGCUGUUCCUUGAGAAGGCCGGGAAUAAACAUUUGUGUGUUCCCAAUAGGGAGUCUUUGCGUAGUUUAUUUUUAGGUGAGUGUCAUGAUGCCACCAGACAUUUUGGCUUCAAGAAGACUGCAGCCAAUCUGCUGCAGCGGUUCUGGUGGCCCACGAUGAUGAGAGAUGCCAAGCUGUGCGUGGAGACUUGUCAGGUCUGUCAAAGAGACAAGCCCCGCGCACAGGCCCCUCUUGGGCUCCUUAAGCCCCUUCCGAUACCGGAAAGGCCCGGUGAGAGCCUGUCCAUGGACUUCAUGGACACACUGGUCACCAGCAAGAGUGGAAUGAGACACAUCUUUGUCAUUAUGGAUAGGUUUAGUAAGUAUGCUAGGUUAGUUGCAAUGCCAAAAACAGCAAGGACUGAGUACGUCAUUAGACUAUUCAAGGAAAACUGAGUCAGAGAAUUUGGAUUACCAAAGUCUAUCAUGAGUGACUGGGAUGUCAGAUUCACUAGCGAGUUGUGGAAGGCUGCAGCUGCAGAACAGGGGACAUAGCUGCAGAUGACCUCUGGGAACCACCCAGAGGCCAACGGCCAAGCAGAGCAGCUGAAUCGCGCUGUACAACACCUGCUGCGGCAUUACAUCAAGCCCAACCAGGUGGACUGGGAUGAGAAGCUUGCUCUCAUCGCCAACUUGUACAACAACGCUGUGCACAUCGCCACAGGGGUGAGCCCUAACAGUCUGCUACUAACUUUCAAGCCUAGACUGCCCCUAGACUUUCUAUUACCUGAGAACCAGCAAACUGCUGCACCGGGUACACUAGAAUUUGCUUAUCGAUAUGAACAAAUGAUGCAGCAGGCAGUGGAACAAAUGCAGAAAGCACAG